AUGAAGUGUUUGAUGGAGGAACAACAUGGCACCCGUCAUGAGAAGCUCUGUUUGAUGAAAUGCCAUCAGGGAUUUGCUCAUUCUGAUCAAAUCAGUUCUUCCAUAAAUCCACAGAUUGAAGAUCCUCAAAAGCAAUACGAACGUUGUCAGAAGGGGUGCGAGAAAUACAGAGGAGAAAAGCAGAGGGAACCAAAGCAAUUAUGCCAAGAAAGAUGCAAAGAACAACUUGAAGAACUCAGAAGACAACAACAAGAAAGAGAGCAAGGUGAAGUGAUUCCAGGGCCUGAGAAAGUGUAUAAAGAGUGUUUAGGACAGUGCAAUGAGGAAACUCAAACAGGGUCUCAGGGACAAGGAGAAGAAGAACAAAAUAAUCCAUAUGUCUUUCGGGGUCAGAUGUUUAAGUCCAGAGUCAGGACAGAAGCUGGGGAUUUUAAGGUUCUUCAGAGGUUUUCUAAACAAUCUGAGCUUCUAAAUGGGAUUGAUAAUUACCGUUUAGCAAUCUAUGAAUCCGAUCCCAAUACUUUCAUCGUUCCUCAUCACUGUGAUGCUGAUGUCAUUGCUUUUGUAGCCAGAGGAGAAGGGACUAUAAGCUUUGUGCAUCGGGAAAGAAGGGAAACUUUUGAUUUGGAAAGAGGAGAUGCAAUUAGGAUUCCAGCAGGAUCAACUGCGUAUUUAGUGAACAGGCACAACAAUGAGAAGUUCAGAGUUUUUAUGCUCCUUCGUCCUGUGAAUACUCCAGGGCGAUUUAAGGGAUUUUUUGGAGCUGGUGGAAAAGAGAAACAAAGCUACUAUAAUGUCUUCAGCAAUGAUAUCUUAGAAGCUGCUUUUAAUACGCCCAGAGAUCAGCUGGAGAGGCUAUUUGGAGGACGGCAGGCAAAAGGGAUAAUAGUAAGAGCAAGCCAAGAGCAAAUCAGAGCUCUGAGCCAAAAAGGUCAUGAAGGUUCAUCUAAACAUCAUCAUGGAAGAAAAUCCAGGGGACCUUUUAACUUGUUUAGCCAGAAACCAGCUUUCUGCAACAAUUAUGGUCAGCUUUUCAGGGCAUCUCCAGAUGAUUACAAGCAAUUAGAAGACUUGGAUGUCUCAGUUGGUGUCAUGAACAUCGCACAAGGAGCAAUGGUGGCACCGUAUUUCAAUUCCAGGUCAACAAUUCUGGUGUUUGUCAAUGAAGGAAAUGGAUAUUUUGAAAUGGCUUGUCCUCAUCUUGCUAGUCAAAGCCAGCCAUCUGGAGGUCAACAACAACAACAAGAAGAAGAAGAACAAGGAAUAAAUCAUCCGAUUUCCAUCGUCUCCACUGGAAAUCAGAACUUGCAGCUAGUUGGGUUCGGAAUCAAUGCUCGAAAUAACCACCACAACUUCCUUGCUGGGCAAGAUAACAUUUGGAACAAUGUGGAAUCAGAGGCAAAGGAGCUGACAUUUGGAGUUCAAUCAAGGGAGAUAAGUUCGGCGAUUCAUGUUCUUCAAGGAUUCCGUUACUCCUGCUCGCGGAAAAAGAAGGCGAAAGCGAUGACGAUCAUGAACGCGAAUUUUACAGCGUGGUUAUCGGUUUCUGGAGGCCUGAUGACCUCGACCUUGACGGAAAUGGAAUCAACAAACGGUGUGCAUUUCUGGGAUGUUACUUACUUGGAAGUAUCAUUAUCCAACAACGAGCUGUUACUUAUAAUAAGGCAACUUUGUGUCAAGAACAGUGAUGACAAUUUUGGCCGGGUUAUUAACUUCCGAGUGAUUCGAUUGGAUGUGACGAAACUUACCGCUGCUGUUCCUAUGGUUGACCUUUCAUCAAAUGAUAUAAAGCCUAAUUGCAUUUACUUCUCUGACGAUUCCAUAAAAUCUUACGUCUCCGGAACGCAUCCAUUGUUAAAUGGUGGCUUUGGUGGUCUCGGAGAUAUGGGAGUUUAUAAUGUUGAGAAUCACAGUUUUGGACGAUUUAGUAAUGUCGAGUCUUUUCCAACAACAUGUCCAUGCCCACCGCUUUGGGUGACUCCAUCAUUGUGA